AUGACGAGGUAUUCCAACGGCUUCGUCCAGGUUCUCGAUUUCGUCAAAGUUCUCGGCCCAGCGCUACCACAAACCACCAUGCCGCAAUGCACAACGGUCCCAUGCUCCGCCUGCCCCGGUACACCGGUUCACAAGGCUGAAGGCAGCUCCGCCCUUGUCUGCAGACCGACGGCCUCUAGAGUGUCUCUUCCCUCUUCUGCUGGGGUAGACAUUGUCCGGGUUGCGAGGCGGCUCUUCGAAACGGUUGUUAACUCCAAUUCGUAUGCUGCGGCCCUCUUCGACUCAAGCGACUCCAAAACCACGCCGCCAAUGGAGUCGGCGGGGUUCGUUGAAAUGGGUCAAGCAGAAAAAGAAGCGCUCAUCCAUGCAGUGCCACUCGACCAUGGCGGAGGGCUCGAUGACGGUGAUGGGGAUCAUGCCUUCUUCGUCCCUGUGCAUACGCCCGCCAGCUCAGCUCGAGGCAUUGACAAAUAG